AAAGAAUCUAAUAGCUAUAUAAAUAAUGAAGUGUAUGUGCAUAUCUAAUAAAUUAAUUGUAAAUUCUAUGAAAGGCAUUUGUUGCCAAAUAAUAAUAUUAAUACUGUUAAGUAAAAUUCAAAUCUCAACAUCCUCACUAUCAACAACAAGUCCAGCCUCUUUGAGUGCUAAUUUUAACAAUAGUUAUGAAUUAACAUGUGUGGGCAUAAAGGAACUAUUAGUUCAACGUGGAAUCAAUGAAAGAGAUAUACCAAAAUUUCCUAUUAAAGAUAUAAAGUUUAAGUAUUGUGAUGUGCCUACAUAUGGAUCGUGCUGUAAUAGUAAUAUUGAACAAAAGUUAUCAUUUAAUUCAAAGACUGCUAUGGAGAGAGUGAUUCGUGAUUCAGUAAGCAAAAUGUCAUCAACGCUUCAAACACGAGCACAAAAGUUUAAUGAACUUUUCAAAACAUUAUUACAACAAUCUAAAGAGGGAUUUCAUCAAAUGUUUAAGCAGACAUAUGGUGUGAUUUAUGAGCAGAAUUCAUACGUUUUCAACGAUUUAUUUGUUAUGCUUGAAGGUUAUUUCCUUCGCGGUAAACUAGAUCUUACAGAAAUGAUGGACAAAUUUUUCAAUCAACUAUAUCAAAAAAUGUUUACCGUAAUUAACCGCCAGUAUGAAUUCAAUGAUGAAUACCUAGCCUGCGUUAGCGAGAGGAUGAAAGAUCUUAAACCUUUUGGUGAUGUACCCGAUAAACUAUCAGUUCAAGUGAAACGUUCUUUUGUUGCUACACGAACUUUUGUGCAAGCAUUAAGCUCGGCAGCAGAUGUGGCAAAGAAUAUGAUGACAAUUAGGCAUAUUAAUGAAUGUACAGCAUCGCUGACUAAAAUGUCUGUUUGUGGCACGUGUGGAGGCCAUAAAGAAAAACCAUGCGAAGCAUAUUGUAUAAAUGUUAUGAAGGGAUGCUUGCAGCAAUAUGCUGAAUUGGACACUGAAUGGGAUAAUUUUGUCAUUCAAAUGGAAAAAGUAUCAGAUCGCUUGUUGGGACCUUUUAAUAUUGUUAUGGUAGUUGAGCCAAUUAAUAUCAAAAUUUCGGAAGCAAUCAUGAAUUUUCAGGAAUCUGGAAGUGAUAUAAGUAAGAGAAUUUAUAGUGGUUGUGGUACUCCGAGACUUGGUAGAAAUGCUGACUUGUCAUUUGAUGAUGAACAUAGUAAAGAAAUUCCACGACCAAACGAGAGAGUAAAACGACUUGCUGAACCUGGAAAUCAACCCAAUCGUGGCGGGAGAAAUCAAGAAAUAAAUGUUGAACCCAUGAAAUUUCCUCGAAACGAUUAUCAAGCAAAUCGAGGAAGUAAUCGUGGAAGAAGUAAUAAUUCCAAUAGAAAUAUCCAAAGAGGACAGUAUACUGGAAAAACUGAUUCUCGAGAAUCGGCUUUGGAUAAAUUAGUAAAAGAAAUUCGUCAAAAAGUUAAGGAUACUAAGAAAUUUUGGUCAAAUCUACCGUACACAGCCUGUAACAAUGAUGAUUUUACUCCAAGUAGAGACAAUGAUGUGUGUUGGAAUGGAGUAGGCAUUAAUCGGUACAUCCCAAGUAAGAGUAAUGAUACUAUGCCCACGCGACAAUCUCAGAUAGUUGCACAGCAGUUAUUUACUCUUAAAACGACAAUCAAUCAUUUGAAAAAUGCUUAUAAUGGAAAUGACGUUGAGUGGCCUGAUAAUGACGAUGGUUCAGAAGAAUCGGGAAGUGGUUCAGGCAGCGGUAUUGAUGAUGAGGGUGAUGAUGAUGGCUCAGGCAUUCAAAUUGUUGAUCCUGAAAGUCCAGUGACGUUUUCAACAGAAACUCCACCGUCUGGAACACGACCUAGCAAUAACAAUAAUAAUAUUGAUCUUAAUACAAACAAUAACGAUAUGAAUUUCAAUACAAUAGACGAAACAAAAGAAGACAGUGAUCCUGACAUCGAUGAAACGCGAGAAGCAAAAACAUCAACUGCCUCAUCAUCUUGGAAAACAAAACGACUUAUCUUUACAUACUUCUUGCCAAUUGUGAUGGCAUGGUUUGGUGGCUCAAUCAGUAAUGCCAUCACUGAAUUACUGUGAUUUUUUACGGAUUACUUAACGAAGUAUAAAUUUAUUGUAUAGUGUUUUUGAACGAGUAGCUGAAUGAAAGUAUUAAUUCAUUAACAACAAGAAUUUUGAUCAUGAAGUAAGCGAUUGACUGAACUUUUUUUUUAAUUUAUAAAAAGAUAUAGACUUUUAAAAUCGAUUUUUUUUUAUAUGGCCAGUCGAUAGAUUCGACAAAGAAUUCCAUGGUCAUUUUAAGUAACAAAUGACUUGUCAAUUUGUCUAGCAAUUUUACUGAAACAUUCUUAAAGAGAAAAAUUGAAGCAUUAAAUGUAUAUCUUUUAAUCGCAUAGCUGUUUUCAUCAUAUUUCUACCUAGAAACGUAAAAAAUGUGCGAGUGGAUAGAGAAAAUAUUUAUAGAAAGUUUAGACAAUGAUGGUGAACAUGUUUGAGAAGCUCGUAUGAUUGUGUAGAUUAAUCCUUUUACAGAAACAAAUGUAACUUUUAAUAAAUGUUUUAAGGUAGUAUUAAAUGGUAAAGCUUAUUUAAAAUUUGUAAUUGAUCAAUCAGUGCAGUAUUGUAUGAACAAAUUCGUUGUACCGAAAUGUUAAGGCAUUACUGAUGUCUUCAUUCAAAAUUCAGACUGCGUAAAACACAACUUCCCAUAAACUUAUUCAUUCAAAAACAUAGAAUAUACUUAAAUGAACAAAGGUUCAUUCACAAAUGCCGUUUAUCCUUUAUUUGAACAGCAUUAGUGAAGAAUCUUUAUCUCAAACAUCACAAUAUUAGUGCCAGAAAAUAACAAGAUUCAAAAGAAAUUAUUAGGAUAUUUGUAUAAAAAAGAAUUUUAAUGCAUUUUAGAAGGACGUAAUAUAUUUAAAAUAAU